AUGGAAAGAAACAAUAGCGACACGAGGGCCAGAGCAGACAAGGGAAAAAAUUCUUUAUUUUUAAGAAAGGAAAUCUUCGACCAUGCAAUUAUAUACACAACAAACAAGAUAGAGGAAAACGCUUUACUAAUUUAUUUGAAAAAUUUGUAUGAACAUUUUAAAAAGUCGAAAGAAAAGAGGGAAGAUGGUGGGAAUAUUCACCACGAUGAUCAAAUGUAUGUGACCUUGGAUAACUGGCUAAGUUACAAUGAAUCCAUAAAAGGGCAAGACAACAUUUGUUCCGCCAACCUUACCCAUAAUGUAUGCAAAUCUCUGUGGAUCCUCUUAAGUAUAACUUUACAGAGCGUAAAGAAAAAAAACAACGUCAAUGGACAGAAGACGAUAUUUAACGCUACGUUGGAGGAACUGAACAAACAGGGGGGUGAUCGAAGGGAAGGAGAAAGACAUCGGGAGGAUGUACAGUCAAUGUGGAGAGAUGAUACAAACGGGAUAAUUUCUUUCAAUUCGAAUCACACCAAUGGUAGUAGUCAAUUUGGCAAAACGGCUAUCCAUAUGGAAAGCAGUAGUGUGGGUGAUGUAGAGCCCCACAGUCAUUGUGGUGAAAGAAGAGACACUGCUCACGACGCAUGGAAUGAAAAUUGGCUAGACGAGGAGGUGUGCAUAGAGUUAGUCAUAUUUUUUAUAAUUUUGCAAUUUUUGAAAAUAGAUAAUGUGAAGAGGAAGUACGACAAAAAUUUGAGUGAAGACAGUUGGCCUCACUUUGGAAGUUCUCCACGAUCUUUAUCCAAUUCUUCAUCCGGAUUGGGUAGUGGAAAUGGUAUCGGAAGCAGUGGUGUGAAUGGGAGUAGUAGCUCAAGUAACUGUGUGUCUAAAUCGAACCUAUCGGAUUUUUUUCAUUUUUGUGGGAAGAAUUACAAUCAUUUUUUGAAGACUUACCUUAUUGCCUUUUUAUGUUCAACGGAUAUAGUCAAUAGUAGUACCCUGACGGAUACUCCUCUCUACUUCAAAAGCCAACAUCUCUUUCUGCUCGAUUUUAUAAUAGACACGAAUGACCAUACCAAUGUGUAUGAGAAGUACCUACAGAAAAAUCAGCCAAAAAUUCUGUACAAAACGAAGGAGAUCUUAACCUGGCUGUUAACCAAUUUGUGUAUGGCCGAUUCUGUAGGCGACGACAUGGUGAAGGGGGCAUCACCCAAGGGGCAGAGUCUCUCUCCCAACCCACAUCCUCCAUGUGGUAGUAACGAUACAAAUGGACCUCAUUAUGGCAUCGAAAAUAUAAAUAAUGAUAUCUACGAGAUUAAUAAUGUCCAUGGAAAAACUAUAUACAUAACAAGCGACAAGAAUAUAGUGAACAUAAGUAACUGCAAAGAGUGCAAUAUUUUUAUUUUUUCAAAUGUAGAAUAUUUGAAGAUUCAUUUGUGUGUAAACUGUUGUAUCAUUUCGCUAGCCAUAGAAAUGAUUUCAACUUUUUUUAAUUCCAAGAAUUUGGAUGUGCAUUUAGUAACGAGGAGUUUGAAGAUAGAAAAUGUCAUUGAUACCAAUGUGUAUGUUUACACCGAGACGAAUAUUAUUAUUUUUGGAGACACGAGAAAUAUUCAACUUGCUCCUUACAAUAUUUUGAAUUCGAACCAGAGUAGGUGUCUCCGGAAGAGCAAGAUAUCCUUUGGUAGGAAGAAUUGCGAUUUGUUCGCCUUUCCUUUGAAGUGCAAGACCAGUUUGUUCCAUUCGACGAAUUUAUCCGGGGGAGGAAACCUUUCCUUAUCGUUAAAAUGUUCCAGCGGUGCCCUCUGCAGGCGUAGUGACAUAAGUGGUAAGAGAGCCACGUCUAGCGGUGCAUCUGACAUUAGUGCAAUUGACAUGGGUGCAACUGCAAACGGUUCCAUUGCUGGCGAUGCCACUAUUGCGAACGAUGUGAUUUCGGCCGAGGAGAAAAAUGAAGGCGCAUGUGGCAAGUCAUUUGACAUGACCAACCUUUCCAGUUCCUUCACUGACUAUGUCUACUAUUUGCUGAGUCCAUCCAAAUUUUUUCUGACCGAGUUCCCUAGCCCAAAUUGUUCUUCCAAAGGUGGAGACAGAUCCUCCUCUGGUGGGGGAAAGCACGAAGAGGGAUGCGCGAGCCAUUUGGAUGACUACCACGGAGAUUCCCAUAAGAAGGAAAUAGCUCCCGAAAAAGGUACAUACAACACUGGGGAGAAUCAGAAAUAUGAAUGCCUGUACCUCCCCGAGGUUUACAAAAAUGCCAUAGAAAAUCAAGAUGAUCAUAUUUUGCAGUUUUUAAGCUUUAUGGAGAGUAUCCAUCUUUCAGGUACGCAAAUGCAAAAGGUGAAAAAAAUACUAACUUAUAAACUGUAUGCAUAUUUGAAGACAUCCAAGAAGGCCUUCCGUGUGCUCAACGAUUUUGUUUCCCAAGAGCAGGAAACGCCGAGCGGUCGCUAG